AAUUAACAUGCAAUUUUUUUUUUUUUGUAGGGUUAAUCAAGUUAAUGCAACAUCUAAAUAUUUAUUCAAGCAUUUAAAAUAUAUUGGUUUGAACUUCUGUCAAAUAUGCCAGGUAUAGUUAAAGUAAAGGUGAUAGAAUGUCAAGAUCUGCCAGUUAUGGACAGAGCAAGUGAGCUGACAGAUGCAUUUGUUGAACUCAGAAUAGGUAAUGUUGUGUACAAGACUGAUGUAUGCAGGAAGUCUCUUAAUCCUCAAUGGGAUUCAGAAUGGUUUAAGUUUGAGGUUGAUGAUGAAGAAUUACAAGAAGAGUAUCUUCAGGUCAAAGUAUUAGACUAUGAUGUAUAUUCAUCCCAUGAUGCAAUUGGAAAAGUUAACAUUAGCUUAAACUUACUAGUUCGUCAAGAUGGCUCUAAUGGGUUGCAUGGACUAUUUCCAAUCUAUGAUACCUUGCACGGCAUUCGAGGAUAUAUACGUUUAAAGGUUCGAAUUCAGUUGUUCUCUGAUGCAAACAAGUAUAGGCAAACCUCAUGUGGUAUACAAUUUUUCUCAGCUCAUAGUGUACCAUCUGGUUAUAUUAUAGCAAGUAUUCAAGGUUUUGUUGAUGAACUUAUUGUAAACAACGACCCUGAGUAUCAAUGGAUUGACAAGAUUCGUACGCCAAGGGCAUCAAAUGAAGCAAGAAUUCGUCUUUUUACAAAUUUAUCAGGUGAAAUGAAGCGAAAGAUUGGCUUAAAGGUGCUUGAAGCUGGUGGCAAUGCAGUCAUUGGGUAUGAACAACAUAUUGACUUAGAAGGUGAAAUGGGUGUGGUUAUUCGAGCAAUUGGUACAUCUGUCACUUUAGUUCACGAGCAAAAUGAUACACCUAGACGACUUACAUAUCAAAGAUCUUUUGAUCCAGAAUCAAGAUCAAAAGAAAUUUCUCAUGUUGAUUCUCGUAGUCGACAACUUUCUGUCAGUUCUGACAAUGAAGUUCUCGUUGAGGGAUCUGAAAUGAAAACAAUUUUACAAAAGACAAAAUCUUCUAUAGAUGAAAUGGUAUUUCCAUUUUACACAAUAAAAAAAACACCCCCAGGUUUUAUACAACGCAUUGGAGGAAUGGUUUCAUCUCUAUCAGUCAAACUUUUAAAUAAAGUUAAUUCAGAGGAAGUUGAUACUAGAGACAGUUGGUGGAAAGAGUUGCGCACAGAAAUCCGUUCUAAUGCUAAGACUUUUGGGUGUAAUGCAGUAAUAGGAUAUUCUGAAUAUUCUACUAUAUGUGAUGAUUUGGCAGUUCUGACUGCAUAUGGAACAGCAGCUACACUGCAGCUGUCUGAUGAUCGGCAUGAGGGUGAUUUUUAUUGCAGUUUGGAACCACUUGAAGAAGAAAACUUACACAAUGUACAAUCAGUCGAUGGUAUUCUUAUAUUUAAUGAAAAAUUACUGCAAGCUAGAAAAAUACAAAGACAAAAUGAAUUUGACUCAUCUUCUGUUAUAUCAAGUUCACAACCUUCACUUCCAAGUUGUAAUAUUUGCCAUGUUCCAUACAAUGAUGCUGACUUUAUUUUACCAGUUACAUUAUCACGGUGUUUGUUGUGCAAGCAAGACAAAGUUCCUGAUGUCAUACUUUCAACCAUUGAAUUACCAGAAGAUCUACCAAUUAUAGGAUCUGGCUGUAUGAUUCAAGCACGUGUAAUACGAUGUAAAAAAAAAGAUAAAGAAGAAUCCAAUGCUGAGAAUGUGGGGCAGAUUCUUCCAUUUAUAGAGUUUGACUUACAUCAGCAGAUGAUCAAUAAACUUAAGUUAAAAGGAAUGAAUGCUAUAUUUGGACUGACAACAUGUUUAACUAUGGCUGAACAGACUAUCAUUGGUGUCAUGACUGGGACUGCUGUUUAUAUCUCUGCAUUACCCCUGCCAAAAAUGUUUUCAUUUACUGAUACUAAGAUUAAUGAGAAAAGUUUUGAUACGAAAAAAAAAUCAACAGAAUCAAAACAACAUCAUAGUUUUAAAGAACUAAAUACAAAUUCUGAUCAAUCAGUUAACUCAAGUUUAAAAACUGGGAAAUCAGCAAUAACUAGUGAUGGAAAAGAAUUAAGUUUUAUGGAGCUAGAUGAUCUUAAUGAUAUGGAUUUAUUGCCCUUGUUUUCUGAUCCUCUACCCCAGGAAGGUUUUAAUAUAUUUAGUACACAAGCAACUCCUGGUCAAUCUUUGUUUGAUGACCAUAAACAGCUAUUAACAGUCUUUAAGCGUGUCAAGAUUCCACUGCAAGAUGAUAGUUUUAAAUUGAGCCAAUGGCUUGCAUCAGUUUUUGAUAAUUUAAUUAUGGGCGUUUGUUUAAAAGUGCGAUCAUUUAUACCGUGCAGUUUAAUUAACACAUCAUUUUAUUUGGGAAUUGAUGAUGAUGAGUAUUUUCACAUUAUGUUAACAACUUUUGUUGUUGGGAAUGUGGAAAUGGAGAACAAACCGAAAGCAGUUGAAACUAAACAAAGCCCUGAAUCUGGUCAUAUAUGGACUGAAGAAACUCUAGUAUGUGAUGAUUUGAUUAAAGAAGCUGGUAUGUGUGAAAGCAGUUCACGUAUGUUUUCAUUAAAGCUUUCAACGUCUUGGCCUCGUGGACAUUUUAGCCUUCUUCUGAAUGAUGCGUUUAAAAAAAAAAGUUUUCAGCCUCAUGUGACUGUUUGCACACUUGACUACAUUCCGAAUAUGUCAGUUACUUCUUACCUUGGAAAUGUUAAUAUUUUCCUCAUAAGAGAAAGCACAUGUGUAAAAGAGGAAGGAGGAUUGGGUUUAUUUAUGCAACAGUUUAUGAAUGAAAUUCACACCAUUGUGCGUGCUUAUGUGGUUUCAUUAAAUGGAAAUGCCAUAAUGUCCUUCAAUGUAAAUGAAAUAAUGCUUUCAUUUAAUCCACCUAAAAACCAGGCACAGAUUCUUGUUAAUGUUACUGGUGAUGCAGCUUGCGUUAAGGAGAUAGACCCAACUGAAAUUCUUCAUAUGAACAGUUACUCUCCUUCAUCCGAUAUAAGCUCCUCCCCUACUACUCCGAGUGCCCCGGAAAUUAUCGAAGAGAUAAAAUACAAACUAGAUCGUGCUGUUUAUGGGACAAACGUUUAGAGAAAUAUUUUAUAUUAUUUAUUCAGAAAAAAAAGACAUGUUUUAUUGGUUUAUUUUUAAUAACCGAUAACUUGAUUGGUCAUUAAAAAUAAAUAAAUUUUUAGUUAUGU